UAAUCAUAAUCAUCAUCGAAUACCCAAAUUCCUCUUCCAUUUAUUGAAGACCCAUCUCCCCAAUCGUCACAGACAUCUGCCAUAAUCGCUAAUUAUCUUGUAACACGAAACCGUACUCCCAGUUGAUGUUCUAAAUACUGUAACCCACUAUGUUUUGAUCCAACCAAAUCGGCUACAAGAUCUCCAUUAUCGGCUUCAAGAUCCGUCACUCAUGGCAACUAAAGGAAAUCCAGGAGACAAUAGAACCAGGAGGUCCUUUUCAAUAUUUAUAGUAGUUGGUUUAUGUUGCUUCUUCUAUCUACUGGGUGCGUGGCAAAAGAGUGGGUUUGGUAAGGGAGACAGCAUAGCUCAAGAGGUAACAAAAAGCGCUGAUUGUAGUGUUCUUUCCAAUCUAAAUGUUGAGACCCAUCAUGGUGAUGGCAUGAAGAGAACCAAUGAUCUACAACUAGAAAACAAGGUUUUCCAGCCAUGUGCUGACCGGUUCAUUGAUUACACACCCUGCCAUGAUCAAAUGCGUGCAAUGACUUUCCCUCGAGAAAACAUGAACUACAGGGAGAGACAUUGUCCUCCUGAGAACGAGAAGCUGCAUUGUCUUAUUCCGGCCCCCAAAGGGUACGUGACUCCAUUUCCAUGGCCCAAGAGCCGUGAUUUUGUACCUUUUGCCAAUGCACCCUACAAGAGCUUGACAGUCGAAAAGGCGAUACAGAAUUGGAUCCAAUAUGAAGGCAAUGUUUUUAGGUUCCCAGGUGGAGGAACACAGUUUCCUCAUGGGGCUGAUGCAUAUAUUGAUCAAUUGGCUUCUGUCAUCCCAAUAGGCAAUGGAAUGGUUAGAACUGCACUGGACACUGGCUGUGGGGUUGCAAGCUGGGGUGCAUACCUAUUUAAAAGAAAUGUGAUAGCCAUGUCUUUUGCACCAAGAGACUCACAUGAAGCACAAGUUCAAUUUGCUCUCGAAAGAGGUGUCCCAGCAAUCAUCGGCGUUCUUGGAACUAUAAAGCUUCCAUAUCCUUCGAGAUCCUUUGACAUGGCUCACUGUUCUCGGUGCUUGAUACCAUGGGGCGGAAAUAAUGGAAAGUACAUGAUGGAAGUUGAUCGCGUCCUGAGACCUGGUGGCUACUGGAUUCUUUCUGGUCCUCCGAUUAACUGGAAGGCUAACUAUAAAUCAUGGCAACGUCCUAGAGAGGAACUUGAAGAGGAGCAGAAGAACAUCGAGGAGAUGGCUAAACUUCUUUGUUGGGAGAAGAAAUACGAGAAAGGUGAAACUGCUAUAUGGAGGAAGAGAGUCAAUGAAGCCUAUUGUCAAGAACGAAACUCUCAUGUUACAAUGUGUCAAUCCACAAAUGCAGAUGAUGUCUGGUACAAGCAGAUGGAAGCUUGUGCAACCCCAUAUCCGGAGACAAACAACAAAGAUGAUGUUGCUGGUGGGGAACUAAAACCAUUUCCAGAGAGACUCAAUGAUGUUCCUCCAAGAAUCGCCAGUGGGUCCAUCCCUGGAAUCUCUGUCGAGUCAUUCCUAGAGGACAACAAAUUGUGGCAGAAGCAUUUCAAAGCUUACAAGAGGGUGAAUAAGAUAAUUGACUCGGGGAGGUAUCGUAAUAUUAUGGAUAUGAAUGCAGGUCUUGGAAGUUUUGCUGCUGCACUCGAGUCUUCCAAGUCAUGGGUUAUGAACGUAAUGCCGACCAUAGCCAAGAAAGACACUCUUGGCGUGAUUUUUGAGCGAGGCUUGAUUGGCAUCUAUCAUGACUGGUGUGAAGCCUUCUCAACUUACCCAAGGACAUAUGACCUGAUUCAUGCCAACGGUCUUUUCAGCUUGUACAAAGACAAGUGUAGUUAUGAGGACAUUCUUUUAGAAAUGGACAGAAUUUUACGACCCGAGGGUAGUGUUAUAAUCCGUGACCAUGAAAAAGAAGUGAAAAAGGUGAAAAGUAUCCUUUCUGGCAUGAGAUGGAACACAAAAAUGGUGGAUCAUGAAGAUGGCCCUCUGGUCCCUGAGAAGAUACUAUUUGCUGUCAAACAGUAUUGGGUUGCAGGUGACAAUAACUCCACAUCUUCAAGAUGAUCGAUGAAGACAAUGGAUUUAAAUGUCUUUUUUUAAAAGGUAUUGUUUGUUUCUGUUAGCAACCAUUUUAAUUAUGAGAUUGAAUGUAGUUUCUUCAGAUUUAGUGGCGACUUUGGUAUAGGGUAAUUCGAGGUUCUUUGUGUAAUUUACUCUAUUGUAUUCACGCCCUUCUCAAUUUUGAUUUUAUUUAUAUCUUUCAACCAUUGUUUUUGGGGUCA